CUCAGCUGAGCAACAGGACGAUACCAACGAGUCAGAGCUCCAUGCUGCACCUCCAGAGUAACAUCCAGCACAGCCCCCUGGGAUUAAGCAUCAUCAACACCCACAACGGCAGUAUGUCUCCGUUCUCCAUGAGCGGGCUGCCUUCCCCAGGAUAUCAGUGCCCUACCUCAGUCUACCAGCCCACAUCCCAACAGGUGUACCCUCUGACUCAAAACGGACAGCAGWGCUCGGCUGGUGGGCUUUUUAGCAACGUUUCUUUCAGCAACCAAAGUCUUUUCACACAACCUCGUCUGGCUUCACAAGAACAGGAGCUGCAGCCCAAAACUUUCCCCAAACCCAUCUACUCCUACAGCUGUYUGAUUGCCAUGGCUCUGAAGAACAGUAAAACCGGCAGCCUCCCAGUCAGUGAGAUCUAUAGCUUUAUGAAGGAACACUUUCCUUAUUUUAAGACUGCGCCUGAUGGAUGGAAGAAUUCAGUCAGACACAACCUUUCCUUAAACAAAUGCUUUGAGAAGGUGGAGAACAAGACGAGCAGCUCAUCCCGUAAGGGCUGUCUGUGGGCGCUGAACCCGGCCAAGAUUGACAAGAUGGAGGAAGAGAUGCAGAAGUGGAAACGCAAGGACCUCCCAGCCAUUCGCCGCAGCAUGGCCAACCCUGAUGAGUUGGACAAACUGAUCACAGACCGCCCAGAGAGCUGCAGACGAAAGCCUUUAGAGCCCGGUAUGACCCGGCUGCCUGGCUGUGCGACGGGGCUCCCAUUAGCGGUGUCAGCGCAGAUGCAGCCUCAGCCCAUAGUCACGCUGUCCCUGCCGUGUUUACCCAUGCACCAGCACCACCAGCUUCAAGCUCAGCUCCARGCUCAGGCUCGACUGGCCCCCAUGUCCCCUGCUCCGGCCCAGACGCCUCCCCUCCACACCGUCCCUGACCUCUCCCACAGUCCCCUCACCCAGCAGUCCAACAAGCCCCCAGAUGAUUUUUACAGCGUGCACAGUGACACAAACACAGAGGUAGAUGCACUGGACCCCAGCAUCAUGGAUUUUGCCCUUCAAGGAAAUCUGUGGGAUGAAAUGAAGGACGACAGCUUUAACCUGGACGCUUUGGGAACAUUCAGUAACUCUCCUCUCCGACUCUCAGACUGUGACUUGGUGACAACCAGCCUCCCCCCUGUCUCCAGCGGGGCGAACAUGCCGCUGUCAGACGUGCAGGUGACGGGGCUCUACACCUCGUACGCCUCGCAGGACCCCCUGUCUUCACAGUACAUGGGGACCCCGGCCAACAGCAAGCCCAUAGCCCUGCUUUAAAGGAACUAAACCCAUUAUUAAUCACAUUCAACUCUGGUUUGUGGACGCCAUCAGAAAAGAAAAGAGAAGGUCUGGUUUCUUUUGUGCAACAAGAAAUCUUUGGACCCUGGAGAACAUUUGGAGAAAAAAAAUAAUAAUUUAAGUCGACAAGAACACUGGUUAUCAGGAAGUAAACUGAAGGCUGGAAGAGAAAUAUGUUGAGACUUAAAAUAUUUAGUUUUGCUAAGCAAAGACUGAAAGCCUGUUUGAGUACAAAGACUUGGUGGCGAAAUCUGUGUAAAAUAGCAUCCAUGUGUUUUUCCUGUGUUUUCACAUUAUGUAGCUCCCAGUCUCUCGUUUGUUGUGUUGUGUUAGAUGUUCUUGCUGUGAUGUUUUAUUUAUAUUUAUAAAAGGCAGCUAGAGAAAGUGAUGACUCCAUCAAUCUUUUGCUGUAUAUACAGUAUAUUCGAGUGUUUGAAUUUGCCACAUAAAAUCUUUUUUUUUUAUCGAU